AUGGUGUUAGCUGCAGUAACUAAAACUCCAUCUUACUUUUCAAGAUACCAAGUUAAAUACCGUCGAAGACGCGAAGGAAAAACUGACUACCAGCAGAGGAGAAACCUCAUCAAGCAGGACUUGAACAAGUAUCAAACCAGAAAGUAUAGAUUUAUCGUCAGAUUCACCAAUUCGAAAGUCAUCUGUCAAGUAGCUUAUGCAACUUUGUCAGGCGAUAUUAUUGUGGCAAGUGCUGACUCAUCUGAGUUAACCCGUUUCGACAUUCCCAUCAGAAAUACUCUUGACGGAGAAGAAUACAGAGCCGAAGACCAAGACUUCAACAAAACUCCUCUUAGAGCAGUUCUCGAUGUCGGUCUCUCAAUCGUUACUAGAGGAAACCGUGUUUUCGGUGCUCUCAAAGGUGCUUGCGACGGUGGUUUAUCUAUCCCCCACUCCAUCAAAAGAUUCCCAGGUUACGACCCCAACUCCUCUGACGGCGCUUACGACGCAGAACUCCACAGAGAAAGAAUUAUGGGCAUCCACGUAGCUAAGUACAUGAAAAAACUUCAGGAAGAAGACCCCGAAAAAUACAACAGACAGUUUUCAAGAUACAUUAAAUUAGGCAUCACACCUGAAAACUUGGAAUCGAAAAUCCAGGCUGUCCACGACGCUAUCCGCGCCAACCCUAAUACUCCUAAGGCAGAGCCCAAGCAGUACAAAAUCACCAGAGAAAACAACUACAUUGUCACCUAUAACGCUAAAGGGGAACAAAUUAAAUACUUCAGGCCCAAGAAACUCACCAAGGCCCAACGCAUGGAAAGAGUCCAAAUGAAAAUUGCUGAAGUUGCCCGCUUAGCAUCUGAAGCCAUGGCCAACUAA